AUGGAAGAUAUAAUUUCAGCUUCAAAGAAUGCUUUUGUGAGGAACCAGCAGAUUCUUGACCCUGUACUUAUUGCAAAUGAAUGCCUUAAUAGAAGGUUGAAAACUGGGUUGCCAAGGCUACUUUGUAAAUUAGAUGUUGAGAAGGCCUUUGAUCAUAGUUCCAAAGGGUUGAGACAAGGUGACCCAUUAUCCCCUUUGCUGUUUGUACUAAUUAUGGAAGCCCCUGGGAGAAUGUUGGAUAAAACUGUCCAUGAUGGUCACAUGUCAAGUAUUGGUCUGGGUCAUGAAGAGGGAAGAUCAUUGGCAGUAUCUCAUCUUCUCUUUGCUGAUGACACUUUUAUUUUUUAUGGUGCUGAUCUGGAUCAAGUUUUGUUUCUCUUUAUGAUCCUCAUUUGGUUUGAGGCAGUCUCUGGUCUAAAGAUAAAUUUGGGUAAGUCAGAGUUGGUUCCUGUUGGUAUGGUGGAUAAUUUGGACUUAUUGUUGAUUGUCCUUGGCUGUAAACAAGGUACUCUUCCAAUGAAGUAUUUGGGUCUUCCUUUGGGAGCUAAAUUCAAGGAUAAGGCAAUAUGGAACCCAAUUCUAGAGAAGAUAGAAAAGAGAUUAGCAGGAUGGAAACGCUUGUACUUAUCCAAGGGAGCUGUGGCUAACAAAUUGGGAAACUUCAAAGAAAUUUCUUAUGGGGUGGCAUUGGAGAUGAACCAAAAUUCCAUUUGGUUAAAUGGGCUACCUCGGGGAUGGCCUUCUUUUUCUCACCACAUUCUAUAUGAUAUUGGGGAUAGGUCUAGGGUGAAAUUUUGGCAAGACCAUUGGUGUGGUGUGACUUCUCUUGCAGUCAACUAUCUUGAAUUGUUUAGAGUUUGCCGAGACAAGGAGGUUAGUAUGGCUAAGCUAAUGAAGCUUGAUAAUGGAGUCCUUUUUUGGGAUGUAAGUUUCUUUAGGGGUGUGCAUGCUCGGGAAUUAGAGGCACUGGCUGGUUUCAUGGACACCAUUUAUGGUGCUUCGGUGAAAGGGUUUGGUGAGGAUAAGAUGUGCUGGAAACUUGAUAGAGAGAAGGGCUUCCUGGUUAAAGACUAUUAUAGUCUCUCAAUGGGCUCUAAUUACUAUCGCUUUCCUUGGAAAAGAAUUUGGAAACAGAAGAUUCCUUCUCAAGUAGCUUUCUUUGUUUGGACUACUGCUUUGGGGAAGUGCUUAACAAUUGACAAUUUACGAAAAAGGAAGGUUUGGAUAUUGGAUUGUUGCAAUGGAUAUGUGGGCUAUGGUGUUCGGAUUUUUUGGAGUGAGUUGGGUCAUGCCGCAAUCUAUAGUGGGGCUUUUAGCAUGUUGGCAAGGUAG